AACACGACUUUGAAGUUUGAACAACCAAUGCUCUCUCUAUACUCUCUUCCAGAUCGGAACCAAAUCAAACCAAACCAGAGAACCCAAGAAACUAAAAGCAAGGGCUUAUGGGUCGCGGUGAUGGGAUUUUGGGUACCAACGAUAGAGCAAGCUUAACCAGUAGACGGAAAUGGUUGAAGACGCGAGAGACAUGGCUUGUUGUCUUAGGUGUUGUUCUUCACGCUGUUUACAUGCUCAGUAUAUUCGAUAUCUACUUCAAAACCCCCAUUGUUCACGGCAUGGAUCCCGUCACUCCUCGAUUUCAUACCCCUGCCAAGCGACUCGUUCUUCUCGUUGCUGAUGGUUUACGUGCUGACAAAUUCUUUGAGCCUGAUUCUGGUGGAAACUAUAGAGCUCCAUUUUUAAGAAAUGUGAUUAAACAGCAGGGUCGCUGGGGAGUAUCUCAUGCUCGCCCUCCUACGGAAUCAAGGCCUGGACAUGUUUCCAUCAUUGCGGGUUUCUAUGAGGAUCCUAGUGCAGUUACAAAAGGAUGGAAAGCAAAUCCAGUGGAAUUUGAUUCGGUAUUUAACCAAAGUCGACAUACAUUUGCUUUUGGUAGCCCAGAUAUAGUUCCAAUUUUCUGCGGGGCAUUGCCACACAGCACCUGGAAAACCUAUCCUCAUGAAUUUGAAGACUUUGCAACUGAUGCCGCCUUUCUGGAUGAGUGGUCUUUUCAACAAUUUGAGAGCCUUUUUAAUAACUCCAAACAAGACCCAAAGUUGAAGGAGUUGCUUCAACAGGAUAACAUUGUCAUUUUUUUGCACCUGCUUGGAUGCGACUCAAAUGGUCAUGCUCAUAAACCCUUUUCAUCCAUUUAUCUCAAUAAUGUUAAAGUUGUUGAUGAUAUAGCUGCAAGAGUUUACAACCUUCUUGAAGAUUAUUACAGGGACAAUCGUACAUCAUAUAUAUUUACUGCUGAUCACGGAAUGAGUGACAAAGGUAGCCAUGGAGAUGGGCAUCCUACAAACACGGAUACUCCCCUUGUUGCGUGGGGAGCAGGCGUCAAAUAUCCCAGACCGAUUUCCAGCAGCAAUCAUUCCGACUGUGGUUUUCGUUUUGUUGAUGAACAUAUGCAUGAUGCACCAACUCCUACAGAAUGGGGUCUUCAUGACUUAGAAAGGGUGGAUGUCAACCAAGCUGAUAUUGCACCGCUCAUGUCAACUCUUCUUGGUAUGCCAUGUCCUGUGAACUCAGUUGGAAGUUUGCCUCGUGAUUACAUUAACUUUAAUGAGGCAACAGAAGUUGAAGCUGUGCUAGCAAAUACAAAGCAAAUCCUUAAUCAGUUUCUUCGCAAGUCACAAAUAAAACAGUCAAAUUCAAUAAGUUUCAAGCCCUUUAAACCUCUGUCCGAUUAUACCUCUAUAUUGGAUCAAAUUGAGGAACUCAUAUCUGGUAAAGACUAUGAAGCUGCAAUGAAGUUAGCUGAAAAUCUUCGGAGCUUGGCAUUGCAAGGACUCCAUUACUUUCAAACAUAUGAUUGGCUGAUGCUCAUGAGCGUAAUUAGUCUUGGCUACAUUGGUUGGAUGAUCUAUCUUGUGAUUCAUGUACUGCAGUCUUAUACUUCAUUGCCAGUACAGCUUCUUAGAAAGGAAUUCACAAAUUACCAGAGAGAUGAUUACAAAAAAGUUCAAUUUUGUGGAUGCCUUUUGAUGGGAGUAAUUAGUACUCUACUGUUUCUUGAGCGUUCUCCUCCUCUUUACCAUGCGUACACAACAAUGACAGUAUUUCUGUGGACACAAAUAUUUAGUGAAUAUCAGUUUAUUAAAGCAUCGUGGAAGCUGUUGCAUGGAAGAAGAGUUUAUUACGCCGCUAAAAUUCUAGCUACUUGUGCUGUGUCAGUGUUCAUUCUUGAAUUUCUGGUCAAUAGCUUUACCGAGAGGAAGCUCUAUACUCUGUAUUUCCUGGUAGCGGGGGUCGUAGGUUCUCUAUAUCUAUACAAGUCAAUUCCAUGGAGAUCUGGAAUACCAAUCUUUGUUUGUGCGGUGUGUUGGUUUUUAUCUGUUUUCACCUUGAUGCCAGCAGAAAUUCCAGAGAACACUUAUUUAGUAAUAGGGAGUGGAGCUAUGAUCAUCGUUAUUGGAAUUGCAGCGAGGUGGCUUGAUCUGCAUGCAGGAGGGAAUAAAUAUUGGAUUAGUCUCUGCAAUCAUGAAAAGAAGAAGCCCAAGUUUCCUAUGCUCUUCCUUCUACAGGCUCUUUUUGUGGGGUUAUCAUCUAUUAUGGUGCCAUUAUCAACAUCUCACAGGACACAGAAACAAGAAUUGCUUGCAUUACACCAGUUUAUCAACUGGUCCAUUGCCGGAUUCUCAAUGAUUCUGCCUUUGUUUUCGGCAAACAGUCUUUUGUCCAGGCUUACCUCCAUAUUUCUCGGUUUCGCCCCCACUUUCCUUCUGUUGUCUAUUGGAUACGAAGCAAUCUUCUAUGGUGCUCUUUCUCUUGUACUUGUGGCAUGGAUACUAUUUGAAAACACACUUCUUUAUGUAAGGAAGGUGAAAAGGCCUUCAGCAUCCAUGAAAAAUUUGGAGGAUAAUGUACUUGAACUAGAUGACAGAUACUUGCAACUGUUUGAUAUGAGGAUUCCAUUGAUCUUUAUGGUUUUGUUUAAUGUGGCCUUCUUUGGAACUGGAAAUUUCGCGAGUAUUGCAAGCUUUGAGAUUUCAUCUGUUUAUCGAUUCAUUACCAUCUUCAAUCCAUUCUUGAUGGCAGCCUUGCUUAUCUUCAAGUUAUUCAUCCCAUUCAUGCUUGUCAUAUGUGUAUUCAGUGCGAUAACAAAGAUGAACAAACUUCCACGUUCGGGUUGUUAUUUCCUUGUCAUAUUAGUCUCGGAUGUGAUGACUUUACACUUCUUCUUCCUGGUUCGAAAUACAGGAAGUUGGAUGGAAAUUGGUAACAGCAUUAGCCAUUUUGGAAUAAUGAGUGCUCAAGUUGUGUUUGUGCUACUGCUUUUUGCUCUGACCAAUAUUUACACGAAAGAUAUCCAUAUUGGUUCAGUAAAUCCCUCUUCUCAAAAAGCAAUGUGAACUCAGCAAUGGCAUCAGAUAUAUAUAUAUAUAUAUAUAUAUAUAUUUAUAUUUUCCCUAAUAGUAAUUAGAGCUUAUUAUUUUCUUCUGUUUGAGAGGUUUAGAGGAAUGGGAUUUUCCAGUUUCCCAAUUUUCUGUAAAUUUUUGGCACACAUUUCUUACUCGUAGGAUUGGACAGUCUUUACUUUACAGGUAGUAGUAUCACAUCAACACGUGUAUUUUCAAAUUAUGAAUUUUGCUCUCAUAAUUUUAAUUUGAUUAUACAUUAUUUA